AUGGAUACUCCUCCAGAGAAGAAGAUCAUCGAGGAAAGACUCGGUCCUGACGCUGCCCGCUCAUACUCGAUCCACGAAGAUCCACUUGACGCUACCCCCAAGUCAAGAUGGGAACGAACAUGGCCUGUCAUGGCCUGCGGUGCCGGAUUGUUUUCUGAUGGCUAUCUCAACGGCGUCAUUGGUUCGGUUAACACCAUGCUCAAGACGAUUUACAAGGACGAGUACACCAAGUCCAAUGCCCAGAGCAACGUCGCCUCGAUCGCUUUCGCCGGCACAGUCCUUGGCCAGCUGGUCUUUGGCUAUCUGUCCGAUCACUGGUCCCGUCGACACUCACUCCUCAUUUCUACCGUCAUUCUCAUCAUCUUUUCGGCCCUGGGCGCGGGCUCGUACGGUGCUGGCGGCAGCAUUCAAGGGCUCUUUGCCGCAUUGGCUGCCUAUCGCUUCAUUCUUGGUAUCGGUAUCGGAGGAGAGUAUCCAGCCGGCUCAGUCGCGUGCGCGGAGAGCACCGGUGAACUUAAGAGCGGGCACCGUAACCGCUGGUUCAUUGCCUUCACCAAUCUGGCCAUCGACGUUGGCUUUGUUGUCGCAGCCUUCGUGCCCAUGAUCCUGGCCCUGAUCUUCACCGACAAACACCUGCGUGCGGCCUGGCGGAUUGCGCUGGGCCUGGGCAUGAUUCCUCCCUUGUCGCUCCUCUGGCUGCGAAUCAAGCUGCAGGAACCCGAAGAAUACCACCGCAACAAGAUGAACCACUACCCAUACUUGCUGAUUAUCAAGUUCUACUGGUGGCGCCUGAUUGUCGUCUCCCUGAUCUGGUUUGUGUAUGACUUUUCCGCCUACUCAUUCAGCAUCUACUCGUCUGCGUGGCUGGCCUUCUUGCUCCCAGCCGACGCACCUCUCUGGAAAUCAUUUGGCUGGAACACGGUUAUCAACUUGUUCUACGUUCCCGGCGCCAUCAUCGGUGCCUUCCUUUCUGACUGGAUCGGCCCCAAGUACUGCCUCAUUGUCGGUGUCAUGCUGCAGGGCAUCGUCGGUUUCAUCAUGACCGCCAUCUACAAGCACCUCGACCAGGCGUCCCAAGUAGGCGGCUUUGUCGUUGUGUACGGCAUUUUCCUUGCCCUGGGCGAGAUCGGCCCCGGCGACAACAUCGGCCUGGUCGCGUCCAAGACCUCGGCCACCUCGGUGCGUGGUAUGUACUAUGGCAUCGCCGCGGCAUGCGGCAAGAUCGGCGCCUUCGUCGGCAACUACAUCUUCCCCGACAUCAUCAAGGCUGCCGGCGACAACGUGAUCAAGCAGGGUCAAUACCCCUUCUACGUCUCCAGCUCCCUGUGCAUCUUCUCCGGCCUGGUCGCCCUGUUCUUCCUGCCCCACAUCGGCCAGGACACCAUCACCAAGGAGGACGAGCGCUUCCGGGAGUAUCUGAUUAAGCAUGGCUACGACGUCAGCACCCUCGGCACCAAGAAGUUUCAUGAGGAGAGGGUCAUGGCUGUCGAACGGGCUCAAGAGAUGUGA